GGGCCGGCCCUGGUGCCGGCGUCCUGCUACGCAUACUCUCCCCUCUGACUCUUUGCGCCAAGUCAAUCUCCCCGUCUGUCUUCUCGGCCUCAACUCCCGUCUCCUCGCUAGUUCGCCCGCCGCGCCGCCUGCGUCGAUUUCAGUCCAUCCUGCGGAGGGGAGCAGCGGUGGGUGCCGUCCUCCUGCUGCUUCCGCCUCCGGUAUUUAGGUAAUUAGGUUUGUUCGUUGAGACGACAUGCCUAAGAUAAAGACAAGCCGUGUCAAGUAUCCUGAAGGAUGGGAGCUUAUAGAACCAACUCUGCGUGAUUUGGAAGCCAAGAUGAGGGAAGCCGAGAAUGAUCCACAUGAUGGGAAGAGGAAGUGCGAAGCUCUCUGGCCAAUCUUUCGUAUUUCUCAUCAAAAAAGCCGUUACAUAUAUGAUCUUUACUAUCGAAGAAAGGAGAUAUCAAAAGAGCUGUAUGAAUUUUGUUUGGACCAAGGUCAUGCUGAUAAAAAUCUGAUCGCGAAGUGGAAAAAGCCAGGUUAUGAGCGUCUUUGCUGCCUCCGAUGCAUACAGACACGAGACCACAACUUUGCAACCACUUGUGUCUGUAGGGUCCCCAAGCACCUCAGGGAAGAAAAGGUUAUAGAGUGUGUCCAUUGUGGGUGCAGAGGGUGUGCCAGUGGUGAUUGAAGUCGCUGUCCUGUGGCUACAAAUAAUCUGAGAGUAAUCGCUCGAGAUGUUUCCUUGUGUUUGAUCUCUGUUAAGACAAGCACCAUAUGACCAUAUAAUCAGGCGAUUCGUGUGGUGUACUGUAAACUCUUGGGCUAUGGCAUGUGUCUGGUGAGUAAUGACGAUUUCUCAACAUGUUGUGUUCGCAAAUGGUUCAGUAGAAACUAGCUGGAAGUUUGAUGGAUUACUGUACCCCGCUAGACCUACUUACUACAAUACUACUGUAUGAACACUUCCUUGCUACAGAGGUAUUAGGAUGAUGUUGAGUUAUCAGGUUUUCUGCAAUAUACUGUAUCACGCUUCUUGGA